UCCACCAUGUCUGUCUCUUCUGAAAUCUCUGCUUCCAAGCUUCCGUAUGUUCGAAUUCCUGGAUCAAAACCUGUGCCACGUCUUCUCAAGUGGACUAUUUUUAAGUGCUCAUUCAUGAAAAUCAGAACUAUUGGACUACACCAUCCAGAUGGUCGUCUUUAUUUCUUCGAGUUCUGUCAAGGAAAGGACACCUUCGUUCCCCAUGUGUGCUCUGCCUGUCUUCCAAUAAUCACUGAGAAGGACCUCUUCCCUGACUACAUUGUGUGGGCUGAAGAAAUCGAAGAUUAUGUGAUUUUUGCAUUCAGCUCGAUGUCGAACAAGAUGGAACAAGUUGGUCUACAAUCGAGGAGAUGCUACAACAGGUGAUAUUGUAGCAGCAUUGUAUGGCGAAAACGAGACAAUUGUGAUUGAAAGAGAUGAAAAUGGAGCCAUGUUGAUAAGAUCAUUUGUGCAUAAAGAUAACUCGCGAAAGCCAGUUAACACGUUGGUAAUGCAAAAUAUUGAGAAGAAUGGAUUGCAGGUUGGAAAGGAUGAAGAAGUAACAGAUAUUAGUAAUGAGUUUGGAUAUUUGGACUACGUGGAGACUCUUCCAGAGUUGAAGAUUAAAACCUGUAGCGCUAAUAGAACUUCUAUUCACGUUUUUUCUAAGAAAACAGGCAGAUAUUUAAAAUAUCAUUAUGUUAUCAACACUGGAAGUUUCAUCAACACAUCCAAUCUUGAUUGUUCGAAUUGCAAUUCAGUUACUUCCGAAAAAUAUCUCCUCCCAGAAUAUUCCGUUUAUUCAAAAGCUUUGGAUGCCCGUGUUAUUCACUGCACCAAUAACUUAACCAGUGAUAUCGAGCAGUACACCUUCAACCCAGAUACCAAUGCAUUCGAACAAGUCUAUUGUAAAGAACUUGUCUACGAUCCAAAUCGAUUCAACAGAGCUUCGUUGGCUGCUUAUGUUUUCCCAGAGAACGUUGCGAAUAAUGGAACUGUGAUCAUUAGCAGAGAUGUUUACGAAGUAAUUCAGAAGGAAAAAUAUUCCAUCGUUACGGAUGAGUAUGUUGUACUUCCAGCGGCUCCAGUGAAGACAUUUGCUGUGAGAAUUCAAGAAGAGAAACAGAAGAAGCUGGAUGAAGAGGAACAACAGAAGGUGUUGAAGACUCAAGAACUGGAGAAACAAAAGGAUGGACAGAUUGUUAUAAUGGAAUUGGAAAUGAAAGAAAUGACAACGUUAUUAGAAGAAAAAGAUACGAGGAUCAAGAUGCAUGUGGAAAAACAUCGUGAUAAGGAAUGUGAACUGGAGCUAGUUAGAAGGAAGUUGGACGACUGUGUUGUGAGAAUGCAGGGAGCAUUUGAACGUGAUAUCAAAUUGGAAGAAGCUAAAGUCCAGGCAUCGAGAGAAGCAAAGAAACAGUACGAAAAUCUUAUGACUAUCCUGGGAGAAAAAGAAUAAUUGAUUGAAAAAUUGAAAGCCGAGAUCGCGGAAAGUGCAGCUAGAGAACAUGCUCAGCGGCAGCUGCAACCUAAUCCAGAAACCGAUUACAUUUCUGACUCCGAGCUCACAGUUCCAUCACCGACCACGAAUGCCAGUGAUGUUUUACAUCUAUCCUUCCCAAGAUUCGCGAGAUCGUCUACAUCUGGCCAACAAUCAAGUUCUGGAGGUUCUGAGUACGUCCCACCACAACUCAGAUGGUAUUUGGAAUAAAAAAAGACUCUGUUUCGGCCUCCUUGGCCCAUUCUUUGACUCUAUUUGUGAAUAAAUGUUUUUGAUUAAUA